GCGCAGGGCAUUGUGGGGGAAAGGAAUUGUCGCGUAGGAAGUAAGGAGGAAAAGUGGGGGGGGGAGUGAAGAGAAUCCUCCAUUUUGGUGGAGUUUCCCCCCCGCUCGAGUCUUUCGCUCUGUCUCCGCCACUUGUUUUUCUGUUUCCUGCUCCCUCGUCUAAAGCAAGUGGUGUUGCCUGCCUGCCUGCUUUCCUUCUUAUUUCGCUCGCUCACUCGCUCCGACCGUAGCUGGGAGCCUGCGGCGGCCGCUGGGAAACGAUGGCGGCCGAGAGCCGGGAAGAAAAAGAUGGUGAAUUGAAUGUCCUGGAUGACAUCCUGACCGAUGCUCCUGAUCAUGACGAUGAACUGUACAACCCUGACAGUGAACAAGAUAAAAGUGAGAAGAAGGGAUCCAAAAGAAAAAGUGAGAGGAUGGAGACAGCUGAGAGCAAAAAACAGAAGCCUUCAGUGCAUUCCUCAAGACAGAUGCUACCCAAACCUCCAAGCUCAUCCAUUAGCAACAACAAGAGACUAGCAAGCACAAAAGGAAAGCUGAUAUUAGAAUAUAAGAAUGAGGAAUAUCAGAGGUCUGACAGGAACAAGCGCCCAGAAAGUGACAGAAAGACCCGUAUGACCAGCAGCAGCUCAAGAGACCCUUAUAAAGGGCAGCCCGAAAAGGCAUGUGUGAGGAAAAGAGAUGCUGAUAGAAGGGCAAAAUCUUCAACUCCAGAUGCUUCUGGGAGGCUAAGGCAUGACGUGGACAGGCGACCAAGCAGAUCGAGCCACUCUUCAAAGGAAGAGGUGAAUUCUGAAGAAUAUGGUUCAGAUCACGAAACGGGUAGCAGUGGCUCCUCUGACCCAGGACAUACUGAGAAUGAGGAGGAGGAGGAGGAAGAUGAUGAUGAUGACGAUGACGAUGGGGAGGAUGAUGAAGAAGUGGAAGAAGAUGGAGAAGAUGAUGAAGAGGAUUAUGAUCAAGAUGAGAGAGAUCAGAAGGAGGGAAAUGAUUAUGACACGCGAAGUGAAGCUAGUGAUUCUGACUCUGAAUCGGCAUCCUUUACUGAUGGGUCAAUAAGAUCUGGUUCAGCCUCAGAUAUAUCAGAUGAGAAAAAGAAGGAGAGGAAAAGAGCUAGAGGCAUCUCUCCAAUUGUGUUUGAUAGAAGUGGAAGCUCUGCAUCAGAGUCAUAUGCAGGUUCAGAAAAGAAGCAUGAGAAAUUAUCAUCUUCCGUUCGUGCUGUCCAAAAAGACCAAACUAGCAAACUUAAAUACAUUCUUCAAGAAGCAAGUUUUUUUCUUAUCAAAAGUAACAAUCAUGAAAAUGUCUCACUUGCCAAAGCAAAGGGUGUCUGGUCGACCCUUCCAGUCAAUGAGAAAAAGCUCAAUGCUGCCUUCAGAUCAGCAAGAAGUGUUAUCUUGAUAUUUUCUGUGAGAGAAAGUGGAAAGUUCCAAGGAUUUGCAAGACUUGCUUCUGAAUCACAUCAUGGAGGAUCCCCCAUACAUUGGGUGCUGCCUGCAGGAAUGAAUGCAAAGAUGCUUGGAGGCGUGUUUAAGAUAGAUUGGAUAUGCAGGCGUGAAUUGCCUUUCACUAAAUCUGCUCAUCUGACCAAUCCUUGGAAUGAACAUAAGCCAGUAAAAAUUGGACGCGAUGGACAGGAAAUUGAGCUGGAAUGUGGAAACCAGCUUUGUCUUCUAUUCCCACCUGAUGAAAGUAUUGACUUGUAUCAAGUCAUUCAUAAAAUGCGGCACAAGAGAAGAAUGCAUUCUCAGCCCCGGUCAAGAGGACGACCAUCCCGUCGAGAGCCAGUCCGAGACGUGGGAAGGCGUCGACCAGAGGAUUAUGAUAUUCAUAACAGCAGAAAGAAACCAAGGAUUGAUUAUCCCCCUGAGUUUCACCAAAGACCAGGGUAUUUAAAGGAUCCCAGAUACCAAGAAGUAGACAGACGAUUUUCAGGAGUCCGGAGAGAUGUCUUUUUAAAUGGGUCCUACAAUGAUUAUGUGAGAGAAUUCCAUAACAUGGGGCCCCCACCACCCUGGCAAGGAAUGCCUCCUUACCCAGGUAUGGAACAGCCUCCCCAUCACCCUUAUUAUCAGCACCAUGCUCCACCACCACAAGCUCACCCUCCUUAUUCGGGCCACCAUCCCAUUCCACAUGAUGCACGAUAUAGGGAUAAGAGAGUGCAUGACUAUGACAUGCGGGUAGAUGACUUUCUACGUCGGACACAAGCAGUUGUCAGUGGUCGAAGAAGCAGACCCCGAGAGCGGGACCGUGAACGGGAUCGCCCCCGAGAUACUAGAAGGGACAGAGACCGAGAUCGAGGCCGAGAGAGAGAGAGGAUAUGUGAUCGGGACAGAGACAGAGGAGAAAGAGGAAGAUACAGAAGAUAAUGCAUUAUGAAACUGCAUUCACUUAAAAGCUUGUAUAUUUGUGUGUUUACAGGUAGUAAACUUUUUUAUUUUCCUCUGUCUACCUACUUUAUUGUGUAGAAGGAUUUAUAAUUGAUCCUUUGUUCCAAGCAUGCAGUAAGCUGUGAACUGGAAGACUCCCAUCAGCCAAAAACGUGCAAGUCUUGACCCUUGAAUUGAUGAUAUGAGCAGUUUUGGAAAACAGUUUAAAGAAUGUAGAUAAAUUAUCCCUAAGUGUUUAUCUUAACCGUAAUUUAAUCAUAUGUUUCUUUACCAGUUGAUAACUGCCAUAAUACUUUUGCUUUGAUGUUUUCUUACACGUAGUUCUUACAUGGUUCUGUGGAAAAAAUGCUGCUAUCAAGUAUGCAAAUAUUGAGUGUGUUGUUUUGGCCUUAUGGCAGUGUUGGAGCAGCCACUUCUUGGGUUUUUUUUUUUUAAACUUCUGUAAAAGUCAAGCUUGUUCAAUAAUGAAAGCAAUAUUGGUAUUUAACAUUUUAAAACAGCAUUCAGGUGUUCUGGUGAUAAUUUGGUUAAUACUAUUGUUUGAUCGCCUCUCCCACUCCUCUGAUUCCCCCUGAAAUGUCAACAUUGCUUGAAGAGUCCACUGUGUCUGUGUGAGCAGAAAAUGUUGCUGUAUUCUACAUUGCUACCAUUUUUUUUUAUAAUAAAUUGGUAACAGUAAACUUUCAUGGAA